AUGGCGGCCGCGGAGCUUGCAGCCGCAUUCUCGGCCUUUGACGUCAACGGCGACGGCGUCAUCUCGCUGGAGGAGUUUGUUGCCAUCCUCACGCGCUCUGGGGAAGCGGGCAACGCACGACCGAUGAGGCGGAACGAGGCGGAAGCGCUCUUCCGAUCGUUUGAUUGUGAUGGGAAUGGUGUGCUCUCCACGGAGGAAUUCAUCCGUCCUUGGGCAGUUCACUUGGCACGCAACUCUCUGCUCUCAGCAUUGGACGCUGUUGACGCUGCCAACGGCCGCGAAAACCUGAUGUGGAAAGCUCAGGCCCGGGUGGCAGUGCAAGCAGAGGCGUUUGCCAAGGCCCUCGUGGAUGCACCAGGCGAUCUGCCGGCUCCAGGAACUUAUGCUAGCGCCGAUGUGCUGUACGCUGCGCUUCGACCGCUCGCACCGGACUGCCCCCCUCCUGUUAGACUCCUUCGUUCAAGCUGGAUCAAAAAGCGUGCGCGUCAACUGAGGGCGGCAGCCAGUCCUGAGGAGCGGCAGGCACUCGCGAUGCCGCGGAGACAGGACCUCGAGCGUACCGAUCCCGAUGCCUUCAUGGACGAAGAGGAGCUGCGAGCUCGUUCCGCGCCCGAUCGUACAGGCUCUUUCAUCACCAAGAAGCUCGCACUCGGUGCGCUCUCCUACUGCUGGCUCACCGCUGAGCAUCCCGACCCCAGGGGCGAGCAGCUCGUUUCGCUGGCUGCUGCGAUCGAGGCAGCAGAGGCGGGUGAUCAGGCUUUCCCGGGCGAGGCGGCCUUCUUCAUUGACUUCGCCUCGCUGCCUCAAAAGGGGCCCGGCGGACGGCGCACUCCCGCAGAGGCGGCUGCCUUUAGCGCGGCCCUAGGCAACAUGCAGAUAUGGUAUUCGCACCCUCUGGUGACGGCCUUCAUCGCCAGGUCACUCCCCUCCGGCCACGAGAAGGUGCCACGGUACGAGGAGAGGGGAUGGACCACUUGUGAGGCUUCCUGGGCGGCGCUCGCCAAGCCAAUGUCACACUACUGCUGGGCGCCAAUCAUCGACGUGCCGCAGCAAGGCGCUGUGCAGGAGUACAGGCGGCCGGCGCCAACAACGCCCGCCGCGCUGGCGCGGUUAGUCGCUGGCAAACGAUUCACGUCCAAGAAGUCAGACCUGCCCAUGGUCAUCGAGCUCAAUACUCGGACCAUUCUUUCGCUGAUGCGCGACACGGAGAAGCUGGAGUUUGCACAGUGCGGCUGGGGCGAUGGCGAGAUGGAACAACUCCUCGAGGCAGCUUCAGCACCUCCCUCAGUGUUGCCACUCUGCCGCAACUUGCGCAAGCUUUGGCUUUUCGAGAAUCACAUCGGCGACGACGGCGUCGCUGCUCUCGCCAAGGCCGCGCUCGGCGGCGCGCUUUCGACGUUGGAGGACCUUCACUCUGAUCUCAAGCUCAAGGGGAACCGGAUCGGCGACGACGGCGUGCAGGUCCUGGCGGCCGCCAUGUGUGGAGACGGCGGCGAGGCUGGCAGCUUACCGAGCUUAAAGUUGCUCAACCUCUCGAGCAAUCGAGUUGGUGACUUCGGGGCGAAGGCCUUGGCGAACGCGAUGGCGAGCGGGGCAAUGCCCAGCCUCGGCCUGCUCUACUUGGGCAGCAACCGCAUCGGUGACGCGGGCCUUUGCGCGCUGGCAUCGGCGUCGGCGUCCGCAUCCGGCCUCGAGCAGCUCUACCUCGAGCACAACCAGAUUGGUUGCACCGGGGUGACAGCUCUCGCUGACGCGGCAACAAAACUCGGCGCCACUUGCCGCGACAAGGCUCUUUCGCCCUGGGCCGACUCAUGA